AUGUCAUACCUGUUCCUUUUUGUUAUACUGGUGGUUUGUUAGAAUGCUCGAUAGUAAAGCAGUUUUACCCGUUCACCGUUCAUUCCACGAAGUGAUUUCAGUAGUUCGUCAUCCGUUGUUUAGUUUGCACAUGGAGUGUUAUGAAAAUAAUUGUGCGUGAUGAAAUUUAAAAUAUAUUUGUGAUGUGUGUUUAAAAAAUAAUUCGUGUGUUUGUGUAAAAUGUCUGUUGCUUAUGAAAUGUAUUGAUGAAAACAAUGCUCUGUUGCAAAUGUAUCAGACUACAAUAAAUUCCUAUUAUAAUAUAUAUUGUAACGGACAAUUGGAAAUAUAUGGAUGUGUGAUUGAUUACCCAGAUGUCUAGCGCCGCCAAUCAGACGUACGUUGUUAGUGAAGAAUGUCGCAUGCGGACCGUUUGUCGCCGGUGAUAUGCCCUUUAGCCAAAUUGGGACGGUCGUCUCCCGGUUCUCUGGAGUUUACCCCGUCUGUGCGAAACCCGUCCUACCACUCGUACACGGUCUUAGAAGCUGAAACUAGCUUUACGUACAGCCCUACAUUGCGGUGCAGCUCACCGUGCUUAGAUCAAGGAUAUCAUACGUUAGUGACUGGCGGUGGGGGGGGUGGUUGCUCCAAUCUGCCACUGCAUUCGUUCACGGCCAUCAAGCACCGGCGUUCGCAAUCCCGGACGGUCAUCGGUUCGCAUUUCGAUCGGCUUCGAGAUGAGCUGGUGCUCAAAAUAUUUUCAUACCUCAAUAGUGCGGACCUAUGCGCGUGCGCGGCCGUAUGCCAUCGAUGGGAGAACCUCGCGUGGGAGCCCGUCCUGUGGAGGACUAUCGCGUUGUGCGGUGAGAACACCUGCGGCGACAAAGCAGUCAGGUGUGUGUUGCGUCGGCUAUGUGGUCGAACCAGAACGGGCGCGUGUCCCCAAGUACAAAGGCUGUUCCUCAGUGACGGCACAAAAAUAUCUGACAAGGGGCUGACCGCGUUGGCCCGGCGGUGCCCUGAACUCACUCAUGUUCAACUCCAUGGUAGUCCAAACAUUACUAAUUCUGCAAUUUCUGAGUUGGUAGCUCGUUGCCCCAACCUACAACACUUAGACGUCACCGGUUGUGUCAAAGUGAGUACCGUGGGGGUGUAUAAUCGCCCGGAGCCAUCGUUGAGACUGUGUUUACAGUAUUUGGAUCUAACUGACUGUCAGCUUGUCGACGACACAAACCUAAGUGUAAUCGUUAGUAAUUGCCCACAACUAGCCUAUUUGUACCUGCGGCGAUGCACUAAAGUUACAGACGCUGGCAUCAAGUUUGUGCCGAGUUUUUGUUCAGCGCUGAAGGAGCUAAGCGUGUCGGACUGUCAUCAAGUAACUGAUUUCGGUUUGUACGAGUUAGCCAAGCUAGGAGCGUUACUGCGGUACUUGUCGGUGGCCAAAUGCGAUCAGGUGAGCGAUGCUGGACUGAAGGUGAUUGCUCGCCGAUGCUACAAGCUACGGUAUUUGAACGUGCGCGGCUGCGAAGCAGUCAGCGACGACGCAAUCACCGUGUUGGCUCGAUCGUGCGCUCGGCUUCGCGCGCUGGACAUCGGUAAAUGCGAUGUCAGCGACGCGGGCCUCCGCGCGCUCGCCGAAAGCUGUCCUAACCUGAAGAAGCUCAGUCUGCGCAACUGCGACCUGGUCACCGACCGCGGUAUACAGCUGAUAGCGUACUACUGUCGGGGCCUGCAGCAACUUAACAUACAAGACUGUCAGAUAUCCGCAGACGGAUACAAAGCUGUGAAGAAGUACUGCAAACGGUGCAUCAUCGAGCACACCAACCCCGGUUUCUUCUGAGCAGCCGUGCCGAAGACUACAAGACAAUAAUAGUAGCGCGCAUGCAUUACGGCCAGGAACACAGUGGCCCGCUAUAGGUCUUUGUACGCAUUAAAUGUUUUGUCAUAGAUACGCAGUGACGUGCUUAGAGCGUAUUGUUUCUAUGAUCUUCGAAGUGUGUCUUUCCCGAUCGAAAAUAUAAAGGUCAUCUGUUCCACAUCGAUUGUUACUUUUUAUAUAAAAUUGUGUCAAAAAAAAAAAAAAAAAAAAAAAGAAAGAAAAGUUGAACGUAAAAUAUAAUCGAGAAACAUCAUGGAUUCUUCAUUGUGGUCAUCAUUGAUAUUUUAACGACACUGCCAUUAAUAUUAUUAUUGUAUGAAUGCAAUUAGAUUAUUGCGAAUAUGUAAAACGUAAUGAAAUUAAAACUUGUAUUAUUUUUAGUUAA